CACAGUUUCCUCGUUGAGCGUUCAGGUUUGCCCGCGCAUAACGGCGUGUUACGGUAAAAUGCCAACCAAGAAUCGAAUUCUUUCCGUGCUUUUCGCACGAUCGAGUCUUAUUUAGAAAACUGUGGCGAGAAAAUCUGGACAGGACGUGAAUGGUGCACGGUGACCUUUUUGGCCCAUGGGGCCGAAUUCUUAUCGUCGUAGUGGCAGCGCUGGCCAUCGUCCUUCUCUUGCUCGUGAUCGCCUGUUUUCUCACGCCAGGAUGCCUUGGAUACGAAUGCGUGAAAAGAAAGAGAGAAGCAAAAAGUGUGCCGUUGCGUGUCAAGAGCAAACAGAAUGAAAACGUCAAGUUGAACGACGUCAGCUACAGGUCAUGGAGAUUGGGUAGCCUGUACGAAGGCAGCAGCAACGGUACGAUCGACGAGAACGCCAGCCCGAUCGAGGGCAAUUCCUGGAAUUCCAACAACGCUCAAUUCGGUUGCACCGAUACCUCGUCCACCCUGAAUUUGGUGCAAAAGGACAAGCAGAAAGCCGAGAGGAAGCAAAAGGAAUUCCCGACGGAACUGACGAUAAGCCUGCAGUACUUGCCGCCCUGCGACGAAACUAUCACCGGGAAACUCGUUAUUGGUAUCGAGGCGUUAUCCGGCCUUCCUCCGAAGCAAUACAACUGCACCUUGGAACCGUACGUGGCUCUGAACAUAACGAAACAAUCGUGGAAUCACAGGAACCGACAGAAAUUACACAGUUUCCGCACGAGGGGUGUCAGGCACACGGCGAGCCCCGUUUUCAAGGAAACGUUCGUCGUGGCGAACGUAAAGCCUCACGAAGUUAAGGAAUGGAUUCUCGAUUUUGCGGCGUACGAUCGCGACAGAUACGCCAACGACACGGAGCUGAGCACGCUGAGGGUGUCGCUGAAGGAGGCGAAGCACGUUCUACAGAGUCCAGAGAUUCACAUGUUCAACUUCAGAAUGAAGCAGUCCAAUUUGGCGCUUGGGAACAUUUUAUUAGCUAUUAGUUAUUUACCCACAGCGCAGAGACUGACUAUAAACGUAAUGAAAGUACGCGACGUGAAGUUUACGCCACCGGUGUCGUGUUUAAACGACUUUAGUUUUUACGUCAGGAUAUUGAUGCUCAAUGGAAGGACAGGCCAACGAAUGAAAAAGAAGAAGACCCGAUUCGUCGUUGCGAAUUCGCACUCGGAGUUCAACGAAACACUGACGUUCGACGUAUCGUACAAUCAAUUGGACAUAGUGCAGUUUCUCGUGAUAUUGCGCGGCAAAGCUGCGCCUGCCGAACCUGUUGCCAGCACCGUAGAGCAUCCGAGCGACAGCGAGGAUUCGAUAACGUCGGUUCAAAAGUCGAAGGACACUUCCAUCGGUAAAGUUGCGCUUGGAAAGGGAGUCAGAGGGUCGACAGAAAGGCUACACUGGUUCUCCGUGCUUCAAAAUCCUAGAAAGCUAGUUACCGUAUGGCACGUAUUGAAAUAACGACCGAGGGACAACAACGGUAAUACGGAAAGUGGAUAAUCCAACGUUAUUGCUCAAACUGUCUAUAAACGUGCAUACUGCUGUUACUAUUUCAAGAAAUUUGAUAACGCGAUACGAAAGUAUAUUUGCACGACCGUUCUAUGCGUUUACCUUCAAGUGACGCAAAGGGACGAUGUUCUGAUAUCGUAUCUUCCUAUAAACGUUUCCCCCAAGUCAGAGACAAAGACGCUUGCGUUAAAUAGUUAAACGGUUAAGCAGUGCCAUAGUCGGUAGACGACUAAAGUUUGCAGAUUUAUGUCGAAAACAAGAAUCACGUAGAGAUACUUUGUUCAAUCAGUUUAUUCGAAACUACCUGAAUUUUCGAUCUUUUAUUAUCUCCUUUUUGUUUUUCGGAGAUGUAAAUUCUUAGCGCUCGAGUAAUAUUCAUCGGUUUCCGUAGAUAUAGUAUAUUUUGGGCAAUAACGUUAUAUCGUACGUUAUACGUAUAUACACGUAAACGUGUAAAACGUACUUCUAUAUUUAUUUUGCAAUUUCAUAAUAUAUACGAUAAAUACAUAUACGUUUUAAAAGUGCAACCAAAGAUCGCGAAAAUUGUAAAUGUUAUAAAUAUUUGUUAAUAUAUCGAAUCUUAUUUAAAAUGUAACGAAAUAAAUAGUACUAGAUAUGUUCAUAA